AUGCACAUUGCAUACACACCAGAUGGAUUGGGUACUUAUUCAGCUAAAGCUCUUGGAUAUUACAAGACAAACGCAAAUGCAAUUCCUUUGGUCCUGGAAGCGAUCAAAUCCAGUCUUGUUAAACCUGGCUCUGUAUUCACCAUAGUGGAUUAUGGUACAGCUGACGGAGGGACAUCAAUACCGUUGAUGUAUGAAUCAGUGAAGGCAAUACGAGAAAAGUAUGGAGWAGAAAUGCCAAUCACUAUCAUCUAUGAAGACCAGCCUGUCAAUGAUUUUAAGUCAGUCUUUAUGAGAAUGCAAGGUUUUAUCCCAGGACCGCGUUCUUAUCUCAUGGAUUUCCAAAAUGUCUUUGUAAUGGCUUGUGGGACGAACUUCUACAGUCAAUGUGUCCCAAGCAACAGCGUCCAUCUGGGAUUUUCAGCGACCUCCGUUCAUUGGCUGAGGAAGAAACCAUGUGACAUCACAGGAGCACAAUAUAUAGGUAUGGUGGCAGACCAAAACGAAAAGGAAAUGUUUUCCAAACAAGCUGAGAAAGAUUGGGAGCUUUUCUUGGUUAAAAGAGCUGAAGAAUUAGCACCAGGAGGUUAUAUUGUUCUUGCACAAUCUGCACUCGACGAAGAAGGACAACGUUACGGUAACACAAAAUGUUCUGUAGUAUCGUUAGAGGAGCAGUUAUGUAGUUUAUGGAAAGAAUUUGUACAAGAAAGAAAAAUUACACAGGAAGAAUUCAGGUGCACCACUUUUUCUGCCUACCCUCGAACUGUGGAAGAAUUCAAGAAAMCUUUCAACGACCCCGAUUCUCCUGUGAGACGGAAAGGUUUGGAAUUGGUUUCCAUCGAGAUACAUGUCAUCCCAUGUGCACACAAGGAGAGAUGGAUGAGAGAGAAGGGAGACCCCAAAGAACAUGCCAAACGCUAUGUCGCUAGUGCCAUUCGUACCUGGAGUAAUGCAAUAUUAAUAUCAGGUUGGUGA